AUGCCCCGACCACCCCUCCGUCUCUCCUCCCGCCUACGGCUCCAACCUACAGCACGCCAGCCAUGCCUCCGAUGCCUCUACUCAGCGCCCGCAACCCCACCGCCUGCAUCGCCCGUCCUAGCCAAACUCCGCAUUGACCUGAAGAAUGCCAUGAAAGCCAAAGAUACCGCGCGGCUCGCGGUGCUCCGCGCCGUCCUCGCCGAAAUCACCAACUCGUCCAAGACCUCCUCGCCCAUAACAACCGACCUGCAACUCCUCUCCCUCCUCAAGAAGCGGACCUCAGGCGCCAAGGCCGCGGAGCAGGAGUUCCGGGCAGCGGGCAGGGGAGAUCUGGUGCAGCGGGAGGAGGAGCAGCGGCGGGUGCUGGAGGAGUAUGCGGAGGGCCUGGAGGCGGAGACGAUGGGGGAUGUGGAGGUUAGGGCUGUGGUGGAGCGGACGGUCGGGGAGGUGGAGAAGGGGGGGGCCAAGGUGCAGAUGGGGGAGGUGUUGAAGAGGCUGUUUGCGCCGGGGGCGGAGCUGGAUGGGAAGAUGGUGGAAAAGAAAGAGGUCGUCCGGAUUUUGAAGGAGGUGAUGGAGAAGAGAGGGAGCGGCGGUGCUUGA